UUUGUUCCAACUCAGUGAAGAAUGAGAGAUGCAAUACUUGGUAAAAGGACACCGCAAACGACGCCGCAGUGAAUGAAUUAUUCGAAGCCUUUGCUUUCAGCUUCCAUAAUCCCACGAGGUAAAAAACGACGACGGUGCCGGUUGGUGGUGCUCCUGCCGUACGCUACUUUCCAUCCAUCACCAUCACCAUCUUCCUAAAACGACGUCGCAUCCAUCACCUCCUUCCUCAUCUUCAAAGCCACAGUCGUUAGCUUCCCAAAGAAAGGCCAAUGGCUUCCUCUUCGGACUCAUGGGUGAAGGAAUAUAAUGAAGCAGUUAAACUUGCUGAUGAUAUCAGUGGCAUGGUUUCUGAGCUGAGUUCAUUUCCCGCAUCUGGACCAGAAACUCAGCGCCAUGCUUCUGCUAUAAGAAGGAAGAUUACAAUAUUGGGGACCAGGCUUGAUGGCUUGCAAUCCCUUUUGUCAAAGCUUCCUGGAAAGCAGCCUAUAUCUGAGAAGGAGAUGAAUCGUCGCAAGGACAUGCUUGCAAACUUGAGAUCAAAAGUUAACCAAAUGGCUUCCACGUUGAAUAUGUCAAACUUUGCAAAUAGGGAUAGUUUGCUUGGGCCAGAAACAAAACCAGAUGCAAUGAGCAGAACUGUUGGUCUGGACAACAGUGGACUUGUUGGACUUCAACGUCAAAUUAUAAAAGAACAAGAUGAUGGGCUUGAGAAAUUGGAGAAGACAGUAACAAGCACGAAACAUAUUGCGUUAGCAGUGAACGAAGAGCUGGAUCUACACACUAGACUCAUUGAUGACUUGGACCAACAUGUAGAUGUCACUGAUUCUCGGCUUAGGCGGGUGCAGAAGAACUUGGCAGUUUUAAAUAAACGAACCAAGGGUGGUUGCUCCUGCUUUUGCUUGCUUUUAUCAGUGAUUGGUAUAGUGGUUUUGGUGGUUGUCAUUUGGCUGUUGGUCAAAUAUUUGUAAUAAUAAAAGUACCGUACCCAUCAAGCUUCUUUGUCUGUGUUUCUUGUAUGUGUGCUGUCCUCUGAAACAUCAUAACCGGGUUUCCUGAUUUCUCUAUAUAAAUUCCAAUUACAUGUAAUUUGGGCUUUGUAUUGUAAUUGGCACAUUUAAGAGUCUACCUAUCGUGUGUUUUUCUCAUGUAAAAAUACAAAAGUUGAAGUUCCUGGCUGGAGUGUCAGUCUGGAUGUGUUUUUACGCAUUGCUCAAUUUUAAUUAGAUUAUGCACAA